AUGUUCCUCCACUCAGGUGCCAGCCUGCAUGGCCAUGAGUAUUCCAAGAGGGACAGAACCACCCCAGCAACUGGACAUGCUGCCCCUCGCCGCAACCCGUUGCUACGAUCCUCCUUUGGCACGCCGUUGAGUCGACCGUCGCCCUCCGUAGAGUCUCCUUCGACUUCACCCAGUGCUGGGACCACCGGAAGGACUCUGAAAAGAUUACGCCCCGUUUCGGACCACGGAUAUGCCUACACGCAAUCCCCAACAACAACGCCAGAAUCUGUCGUGAGAUUUCUUGAACCGAAAGAUGGGCUGGUACCUGCCACCAAAGCCGAUGCAAUGAGUGAGGAUGAAGCUUCUUCCAUUGUCGACGUCUCAGACAGCGACAUAAGUCGUGCUGCGAGCUCAACCCGCCAACGUGGGCGCCGAUCUACGAAGAAGUGCACUUCUUACUUGCUCGCCCAAGCACCCCCGAGCCUAGGCAAGAAACAACGCUUCUUGCACAUUCGCCCCAAAUUACUGCUCCAGCUCCAGCAAUUGUCAGCCGACCAACGCCCGAGGCCAACCGUGGAUGUAUAUACUUCGCUUGGCAUUGCGAACACCUCGAUCGCUGCACAUUUGUGCAAGCGUUUCCCUCGAUUGGCCCGGAUCAAGAAGGAAGUCGGUAUACAAGAUGUUUUGCUGGUCAAGAGUGAGAACUACGAUGCGACCACAUUCGACUCCGAUAGUGACGGCGACGAGGAUAACAUCAAGAGCCGAGACUUGGUGGCCAUAUUGAGUCCGCUUAGAGGGCAAGACAAGGCAGAAAUUGCGCUCCCCAAUGGCAAUGUGUGGGUGGCUGCUCCACGGGUCAACGGCUCAAGUCUUUCCUACGAGUUCACCAACGUCGAUGAGAAUGGCCACGUAAUCACGGCUCGCUGGGUUCGACGCCAGGUUACCAGCACAUCUCCACCAACCACCACAUCUCCUACAAUGCCUCCUACACCACCCAUCUCGACCCCUGUAUCUCCCACUUCUGGUCCCCUCUCUUUCCCUUUCCCACCUUCAUCUCCACCUUUGGAGCACAAGUUUACCUUCAGCAUCGUUGACCCGGACUGCCGUCGUCAUCCGAUUAUGGCCACUUUGAAACCCUCCGCGUUGGAAAUCCAGGACGCUUACACGACCGUAUCCCAGUCCGCAGGCCGAUUCCCACCAACUUCCCCUCAACUAGGCAGUCCUGAGAGCCCAAAUUCGGAAAAUAAAGCCUCGCCAGUGAGACGGACCAGGCGUGUCGAAGAGUGGCAAAAGGAAUUUAUCCAAAUAUCGGCCUUAUGGGUGGCUCUGCGACACGGCUGGGUGCCUCAAUUCCGGCCUGCAGACUUCAUUCCGCAAUCUGCUAAUACAGGAACUAAAGCGGCCGAUGCAAGGGGACCAACACACAAUCGGAGUCGCUCUUAUACAACAGGAGCCGAACCACCGCGUAUGUCGCGUGACCUAACCGGUCGGAGGAGGAAUCCAUCUCCCUCUCUUCGGGAAGAAGGUGCUUUUAGCCCAGGAAUAUUGCCUAGGAGAGCAACUUCAACGGGGGCGGCAAAGAUGCAGCGACUUAUGACCCAAAGGCUUUCAGAGGCACCAGAGGGAAGCGAGACGGGUAGCAUCCGAUCCAAGGGCCGGCGUGUCUUGAGUAGUGACUGGAACGGGAGUGUUGCGAAUCGACACACAGUCACAUCAAUUGCGGAUGUUGUCGGCCGACAACCUCUUGAGGAGCUGUCUGGGUCAGAUCAAAUGGUGAUCAAGACUCCGGCAUCAAAGCCGGGCAGGCGUGCUGUGUCUGAGGUUUUCACCACUAACCCUCUGCACCCAUCUCCACUCGAUAAGAAUCACGCACAACGACAGGAUAUGUUGACACACCCGCAGCCGCCAACGGCAGGUACUGACCUCCCGGUGCCAGAUGGACGCCGUCAUCACAGGUGGAAUCGUGUGAGCCAGUGGUUCAGUAAGCUGCGGUCGCGGUAG